CGGAAUGAUGAGCAAAGCUAACGUUUCAAUUGUGGUGGCAGUGCUUAUUACGGCGCUGGUGGGUUGUAACGCCGCCGGCGGAGGAAUUGCUAUUUACUGGGGACAGAACGGGAACGAAGGCACACUGUCGGAGACUUGUGCCACCGGCAACUAUGAUUAUGUCAACCUUGCAUUUCUUGCAACGUUUGGUGGCGGUCGGAAGCCGAUGAUCAACCUGGCCGGCCACUGCGACCCAUACAGUAACGCUUGCACUAAUCUCACCUCUGAAAUCAGAUCCUGUCAGGCGAAAGGAGUGAAGGUGAUGCUCUCCAUUGGAGGAGGAGCCGGAGCCUACUCCCUGGAUUCCUCAGAAGACGCUAGACAAGUUGCCACUUACCUGUGGAACAACUUCCUGGGUGGAAAAUCUGACGAACGACCACUUGGAGAUGCUAUUUUGGAUGGAAUCGACUUCGAUAUCGAGCAAGGAAAUGGUGAACACUGGGAUGAUCUUGCCAGGUUUCUGUCCGGAUAUAACAGUAAGGUUUACUUAAGUGCAGCUCCUCAGUGUCCAUUUCCUGACCAGUGGGUGGGAGGAGCCUUGAACACAGGCCUUUUCGACUAUGUUUGGGUUCAGUUCUAUAACAACCCGCCCUGCCAGUACACUUCAGGGAAUUUAACUAAUCUGGACAAGUCAUGGAAGUUAUGGACUUCAGCCAUUCGAGCUAAGAACAUUAUGCUUGGACUGCCUGCUGCGCCUGAUGCAGCUGGAAGUGGUUUUAUUCCGCCCACUGAUUUAAUUUCACAAGUGCUUCCAGCUAUAAAGGCUUCAGCUAAGUAUGGAGGCGUUAUGCUGUGGUCUAAGUACUAUGAUGAUCAGACAGGCUAUAGUUCUUCCAUCAAAGACCAUGUCUGAUCCAACUCUACCUGUACUUGUUCUCUACUACUACUAUAUAAACUUUUUCGUGUGAAUAAAUUCAAGUAUUUUCAA